CCAUUUUCUUCCCUCCCCACACAUAUCUUUCUCCUUCCAUGUAGAUCUCUUCUUCCCCUUCGCACAACAACCAUCGCUGAUGCGAAGUCCGCCGCGGUCCGUCGUCGUCGCUGAUGUGAAGUCCGCCGCGGUCCACCGCCGUCGCCGCCGAAGGUCUUCUUCUCUUUUUCGAAGUGGCGGCAGUGGCCAGAGAUGAGGCGGCGGAGGAUGGAUCUACACCAACGGAGGCCGGAUCUGCAGCGCCGACGGCCGGAUUUGAGAAGUCGACGACUGGAGGCGGCCAGAUCUAUGGAUCCGAUGACCAAAUCCGCAUCUGCAACGGUGGACAAUUUUAAGACCUUGGCGGCAGUUUGCGAGCAGCGGCGGCUGGCGAUCGGCGGCCGGCGAGAAGCAGCCGGCGAUCAGCGAAGGCCGGCAAGCGGCGACGGCAGGCAAGCAUCGGUCCGUCAUUGGGAAUAAUUCAACUUUUGGUGCUAAUUGCCUGGUUGAUGAUAAGUCCACCAAUGCUCUAGAACAUCUCAAUUCUCAAUUAUUGAAAAGAGAAACCCGUACGGCGAUAAAUUAAUGGGAUGCAAUGGGAAAUGCAGCCCCAUGUGUGAAAAGACAACAAUGGGGUAAAGAAGUGAAGAAGGAAGGAGAAGAGAAGAACGAGUGGAGGAAGAAGAGGGAGGAAAUCGCUGAAGGCAAAAAGAAAGUUCAUAAUGGCAGGAACACCUCAAAUUCAGAAUGACGACGCCAUCUACCCGAAGGGCAAGUGGAUCAAGGUGCUAGAUAACAACUUCCAGCUAGACCUCACCGUCUUCAAAUGCCAGAACCCGAUCAUUCCGGCCAUAAUGAAAGGUCACUAUCUCUGGGCUGCACUCCACAACUGUAAUACCCGAGAUUAAUUUAAGAGGAUUAAUAGUACUACUCAUGCCAACAGAGGUGCAUCUCCUUUUAAGGGAGCUCAUCACCCAAGAACUCCAAAGUUAAGCGUGCUUGCACGGGAGUAGUCUUGGGAUGGGUGACCUCCUGGGAAGUUUCUCAGGGCGCGCAUGAGUGAGGACAAAGUGCGCGGUAAAGGCUCGUGGUGGUUUGUGGGGACAGUACUAGAGGUCUAGAGUAACUACCUCGGGUCCGUGUGGGCCCCCGGGGUGUUACAGGUGGUAUCAGAGCAACCCUGCGACAGUGUGCUGACCCGUUAGAUAUCGGGUGGGCACUUAGCGGGGCAAGAUUCUGGGGUUUUAUUGAGAUUGGUUUAAGGGCGCAACGAGGACGUUGCGAUCCUAAGUGGGGGUGAUUGUAAUACCCGAGAUUAAUUUAAGAGGAUUAAUAGUACUACUCAUGCCAACAGAGGUGCAUCUCCUUUUAAGGGAGCUCAUCACCCAAGAACUCCAAAGUUAAGCGUGCUUGCACGGGAGUAGUCUUGGGAUGGGUGACCUCCUGGGAAGUUUCUCAGGGCGCGCAUGAGUGAGGACAAAGUGCGCGGUAAAGGCUCGUGGUGGUUUGUGGGGACAGUACUAGAGGUCUAGAGUAACUACCUCGGGUCCGUGUGGGCCCCCGGGGUGUUACAACAACGCCAAACCAGUGCCAGAGAUAUACCUCCAACAAUUUUUGGGCCACAUGCAUACAGAAUCAGCAAAGGAUCGCUCCAAAAUCAAGACCAAAUUGAAUGGUAUGCGCGUAAUCCUGACGCCAUCUACACUGCGAUCCACACUAGCGCUGCCAGUCCACGACACAUAUGAUGCGUUGCCAUCCAUUCCUGGUCUUCUCAAAGACGUGGCAGCUCUCGGCUACACUUCACUUCUACCGCAGCUGUCAAACUUCAAUGGAGCCUAUCUCCAUCACCCGUGGAAGAGUCUGUUCGGGUUGGUAAAUAAAUGCCUGUCACCGAAGCAUGCCAGGUUUGACAAGUGCAACAAGCAGAUCCUACUCAUCUUUCAUGGCAUUGCAUACAACAAAAAGUACGACUUGGCACAACUCUUCUUCUCAGAGCUCAUGGACCUGGUAAAAGCAAAGGAGAAAAACAGGCCAGGUACCAUCCCAUACGCGAGGUGGCUGGGGCUGAUCAUCCAUGACUGCAUGGCAGAGCACACCUCCAUUCCUAGACGCAAUGCUGAUCCACACUACACAGCCCCAAAGCUGCAAUACUUCAAAGCAGACAAAAAUCCUGUCAUCGGUCUGCGGAUUCCUGGGUUCCUGCUCCAACUCACCAAUCCAUCCAAUCCGACAGUCCAACAGUACCGCGAGAGCAUUGAGAGAAAUGUCCCUAUGGUUCAGCAAAACCCAGCUGGACCUACUCCAGGGACAAAGCCGAGUGCAAGUAAGGGUCCUAAGCAAGUCUAGAAGCCACAGAAACCAGUGGCCGGUUUGCCCCAUGAAGGAAAGUCUGACGACUCUCUCGAGACGAGUCAGACGGCUGAGGGCACCGAAACAGACGCUGAGGAAUCUGCUGAUGAAUCGUCCAGUGAUGCCCAAACUAACACUGACGAUGAGGCAUCCGAGAGCGUGGGUACUGAUGGUAAGGAGUCCGACUCUGAUGGUGAUGAUGAUGACAACGACGACGUUGAGCACACCUAUGCUCUAAUCAGAAAAGGAAAGCUUCCUGUCGAAUCUCCAAAGAAGAUAACUGCUGAAGACGCAACACCAAUAAUUGCAGGCAGACCAAAGGUCUUCACCAUCAAGGAGCUGCAAAAAUCCAAGAGCGUUCACAGAGAAACCAACAGCUCCAAGGCUGACUAUGAUGAAGCAACCCAUGCCAUCAAGAACUCAAAAGAUGCCAUUAUCCGAGAGAAACGGGCUAAGAUAAAAAAUGACAAAUCUGCUAAGUCAAAGCCUCAGCCUUGCGUCAGAAAGAGCCUCAUAGAUAAGGUGGACGAGCACAUAUUCGCCGGAUGUGAUCCGUUUAUCCAGAUAAGCCGAGCCGAAUCCCUAAGUACAGGAGCCGAUCUUUUCGGUUCCCGAGUAGAAGUCGCAGCAUCUGGCUCAACUGCGCAUGCACAGCCCUCACCCAGCCACUCGAUAGCCUCCCAACAGGCUAUCGUUUCAACAGCACGUGACUCACCCCCCUCGCUGGUUCCUUCCGAAUCAGUUGAGCGUACUAUUGACCAAUCGCCCGAGGUCAAAACCCCUCCUUCGAACACAUCGAGUCUAGGUGUCACAUUUCCAACAUUUUCUACAUUUUCUAGGACACCUACACUAUUCACAGCACAUACAGGUGCACACACCCUGAACGCAACAACCAGAGCGCAAGCUAUGACGGUUGGAAGUCCUGCUAUGCCUUCAAUGAUUCCAUCAUUGCACGCAGGCCACACAUCAACUAUCUUCACUGAUGCUGUGACAACAGUUACAACCCCCGUAUUUGGACACCCAACCUUUGAAGAUGUCAACGUUCUGCUAAAUCGCUUCCUGGAUUCCACCAUCAAACCAUGGGUGCAAGAAGCAAUGACCUCUCUUGCACAGGAAUUUAGGACCACCCAAGCGGUUCAGUCUGAACAACCCCCACCCCAACCUUCACCCGAACCCUUCAUCUCCCAUACACAACCAAUAUCUUCCACCGCCAUAUCUCACCACUCAAUCAACCAAAUACCCAUUCCUUCACCUUCUCGGGGAACCCAAGAUACAGAACUAGUAUUCUCCCCACGCCCGACCACACCUUCCAUCGAUCUCUCCUCGUUACCUUUCGAAACCUUGGCAUCGGAUUUGCUGGACCAUCUCCUCAACAUCCCAAAAGCCAACCUUACCCUCCACCAACAAGCCAUUCUCGAAGCCCUUCUCUCUUCCCCUGAAACCAAAAGCAAAUGCAAGGACAAUCCUCGUGGUUGCAAACGUUCCCAUGAGGACCCCGACGAUUCGGAUCCUCAUGAGGGGAGAACAAGCGGCCACGACCACUUGAGCAAACUGCUUUAGCCAGCCACACUCCACAGCCCGUUCAACCAGAAAUCUCUACCAACCAACAGCCACCACCCGCAACCAAACUCUCUAGCCUGGUCGAGCUAGAUGAAACAUCCUGAGGCGUAUCUCCUAGAGAUACCAACCGAGGAGGGGAUGGAAGUCCUGAUGAUGUUACCACUGGUACAUCUGUUACGUCAGGCCAUCAGUUAGAACCUCAUUCAAAGCUGAUGACAAUGGGAAAUCCCAGUGACCUCGGUGUUCCAGUUAACAGGUCUCCGUCUCCAAAAGAUCAACCAGCCACUACCGUUCUGUCGUCAGAUGAAAUGCAUGAUCAACUAGAAGAUAUCAUCAUUCACGACAAAUGGCCCAGACAGUGGACGGAGAUGGAUCAAAUCAUGCAGGAUGAAGAAUGUGAAGAUAUGCAAAGGAACUGGUUCCUACGAGAACUCAUCAACAAAUGUGCAGAAGAUAUAAUCAGGCUCGAGGACGAUGAACGAAAGGAAGGGGAGAACUACAAGGAAACUCAGAAAGAACUUGAAUCUGUCGUCAGACAAUCGGCGGGACGACUUCCCAGGACAGAGAAACCUUGGGACAAUGUACGAAUCAAAGCCCCCUUCCAAGAGGAAAUCAGAGAGCGUAUAUGGCGUAGACCAGACAAAGUCAAACGUUUGAAUGAACUAAAGCUGCGAGGUCUCACCCAUCUCAAAGGAAAGCUGGCAGGAGGUCAUCUACAUAUGCUGUUGCAACGGUCAACCGGUACUCAAAGAGAGCUGAUGGAACAGGAUUUGAAAUCCAACAUUCUCCCUAUUCAUCAAAUCCUACAGGUUAAGGCCGAGGAUUAUCACGGAGUGAGAUUCUAUUCUUACAAGCUUCAACGCACCGAUGGGAGUGAAUUUACAUGCCAAGAAAAUGAUUUCAUCAUGCUUAAACCAGACGACAUCUAUCAAAUGUUUAUGGCAUAUCGAUACCUUCCAGUCAGACAAAGCAAAACAUACAGCGAAGGCCUCGCAGCAAUCAAAAGGUUCAUGCUCAUACAAAUCAGAGUGCACUCAUCUCACGGCCUACAGAUGGCCAUCGAGUGCAACUUGACAAAAACAAAUCUUACAAAGCCAAGACUGUAUGGUCCAGAGCUCGAAGACUUCCCAGCAUACCACAUCUUCUUCACACCGCCAGCAGUCAUAUAUCUCAACCACAAGAAUGAAAAACGCCUGAUGGUGGUUAGCAAAGUUGAGAAAUAUUGUGAUGGAACGCUGAAGAUCAUCAAAGAACAGUUGCUGAAGAUGAAGGAACAACUAGAGCAAAAUCUUGAGGAGGCAUCGUCAUACAUUCAAAAGGAACACUCAACAGUGGAGACCAUUCUAAAAGCCAUCGACGAUCUCCUAGACAAGAGAAACAUGCUAAGGCAAUAUGAGCACGCACUGAAUAUGAGGAAGCACUAUUUCAAAUCACAGAAGCAAUAACAAGGUGGCACUUGAUCACAAAGGGGGAGAUUGUUGAAGAUCAUUUAAUUGUGAAUCAAGUUUGUCACGUAUCUUGUAGUAGAUUAGCUUUAUUAUUAUUCCUUGUAUUAAAUGUGUGCAUUUAUUAGGUAUAUAAUAUGGUCCAAGUGUUAGGCCCAUACAAAAGGCUAAAAGCCUUAUACGCAUACCUGAACCUCGCCUAAAAAAGGGAGCCGAGGAUUCAGGUCUAGGUUAACUUUCGUACACGCUCAAAAUAGCCUUAGCGCAAAUACUUCUCUGUACGAGUUCACGGUAUAUCAAGGAGGGUUUACAUCGAUUCAUCUGUGUUCAUCUUUACGGUUAAUCUUCUUCUUGUUAUACUGUUAUUCAUAUUGCUGUAAUAGAAAACAGGGACUAUCAUUGACAAUGACUUCCGAUAGCCUAGAAUGACUUCAUAAUGUCUGAGAGUUCUUCUGAAAUCAAGUCUGAGUCUUAUGGCUUCGACAAAGUCUAUAAUGAGAGCAAUCUGGAUCGAGUCAUCUGGAUUCUUGGAAUUAAGUAGCUCGAUUGCAGCUUCUACCAGAUGAUCUUCAAUUAUUCUAAGUGUACCAUCGCAGUACUUGUGAAUUUUGCUCAUGAGUAGACCUCGUUUGAUGCCCUUGUAAUCUUUGUAGACGAGUCCUAUCUCGGGUUGUGUUACGAUGGUGCCUUCUUCAAAACUUUCGAUCCAUUUAGCUCUAUUCCUUGGAGCAGAAUAAUUCACUUUGGAAAGAUUGUUUUCAAUGGCCAUUUGCAGAUCGAAGAGAGAAUAGUAUUUGACUUGUCUCAUCAUGAAUCUCUUGAGUGCGUUAAGGCCUAGUUCUCUGUCUUCUGGAGGAAAAUCUCUUAGUCUCUCUUUCCUUUAUUCGUAGUAUAGCUGGAUGAGAUCUUCAGGAACAACAUGAUAUAGAUUAGCUUCAGAGACUCUUUGUACUAUUCUAUUUUGUCAUUCGAACUCGAUCACUGGAUAUUUUACUAAUCCGCAGCUACGAACUUCAAUUGAUUUGAUCCCAAUGAUUAGAGAAUCAGAAUGUUUCUUCAGUCGUUCACGAUGUCCAUAAGGAUCAUUCUGAUCUGCAGUCAUAUUUCUCAGCAUCCAAAUGUGACCAGAAGCUUCUGUUCCUUUCAAAUGUUCUAGUCCUCUUAGCUCAAGUUCGUCUAUCUUCUUGAUUCCUUUCUCACUUCUCCAGAUCCUUGGUCUCAGAUCUUCUUGGUAUGGCACGAUUAUCUUGACAUUCUCCCAAGGUAUCUCAAAUUUGUCUUCUAUCUUGGAAUCACCUGGGCGCGUCACGAUCAGAUCUUUGACUAUGUGAAAAUCAGGAAGUGGAUCGUCGUAGAAUUCUCCUUGAGCAUACUCUUCAGGUUCAAGUCCCAUUAACUUUUCAGCAUCCGUCUUCUUGACUUCUCGAAUGAAAUUCAGCUUCUUUAGAGCUUCUGCGUUGUCUAGCUUAUGAAGUUUAUCUUUCUCAUUGUCUUCUACCCAUUCAAGCAAUAUUAGAUCAGUAGCUUUCUCUUUGUUUCUUUUUCCUUUUGCUUUGAAGCUUUCUUUCUUGAUGAUGAUGAUGGUUGAUCAGAUUGGGGGAUUGCUGAAGUAGGAGUAGAUCUAGGCUUUGCAACCUAUGGGACUUGUGAAGUGGAAAUCGGAGGGGCAGAUGUGGGUAACGUAACACCGGAGUCACAGAGACUUACCGUUUUCAUCAUACUGAGGUGAACUCAUUCUGAUGGCCUGAAAACAAUGGUGAUAGAGAUGUUGCAUUGUCAGGACUUCCUUCCAAUCCUUGGUCAACAUCCAUGAAGGAUGAGCCUAUAGAAGUUCUCGAGAGGACACAAAGUCCUGGCUCGGUGUUAAUGGGUUCAGAAGGGUGAAAAACUGUUAAGGCUAGUGACUCGUUGGGUGCGAUGGAGGAUGAAGGUUCAGGCUGAGAAGAUGUGGAUGGUUCAGAGCUAAUGGAGGAUGGGAUGAUUGAUUUUGAAGUUGUUUGCUCACAAGUACGUUGCCUUUUCUCCCCCUCAUGAUGAUCCGAAUCAUCGACGUCAUCAUGCUCACGCUUAGGAAAGCGUUCUUGAUCACGGUAAGUGGUGGUAGGGAUGAAUGGUGGGGUUUGGGCUAGGAUGAGGUGGAAGGUAGGUUCGGCUAGGAGUCUAUCAAGGUAAUACUCAGAUAAAUCUAGAAUGUUCAUUUGGGUAGGGUCGAGGUGAGAGGUAGAUGGAGAGGAUGUGGGUAUGAUGGUAGUAGGUGUAAUAAUUGAUGGAAGAGUUCCUAUGCAGGGAGUUGGGUGUGAUCUUUGGUCUGCUACGCCUGUUGGGACUAUAGGGCGUAGGUCUUGUAAAAGUGAAAGCUUGAAGGCUAGAAGCUCAGACCUCAGAUCCUCCCUAGUUAAAUUAGCGAAUGAAGAAAAACAUGACCUAAAAGAAGUAUCAGUUCUCACAACAUCACUAAGAAUAGUGGUGCCAUGGCCUGCUGGGGAGUAUAGUGUGGCAGGACUUCCAACCGUCAUUGACGUAUCUCUGGUUGUUAAGACAGGAGGUAAUGAACCUGUAUCAGUGUGUGCAGAAAUAAAAGGUUGUGUCCUAGAAAAUAAUAAAAACUCUGGGAUUGUGGACAUGAGACCUAACUUACAUUGGCUUGCAGUGUGGGGCGGUUCACUGAUGGGUUCCCCUUGUUGGGUUGAAACGACCAUCUGUUGGGAGACAGUCGAGUGGUCUAUGCUUGGCUCAUUUUGCGCUAUUGAACUCGAUGUAGUGACUUCUACUCGGGAACUGACAAGGUCAGAACCUGUACCUAUGGGUUGAGUUCGGUUUAUUUCAGUGACUGGUGAUGAUGAGACAAUUAAAGCACUUGAGGAGGAGACAUAAGCUCUCUUGGACUGAGUCUCACCUGCCCUCUUUUUGGUCUUUGUCACUCUCGGACCCUUACUUCCACUCAGCUUAGAAGUCCUUUGGGUAGACAUAGUGGGGUUUGACUGUGUCGUAGGGAUAGAAGACAUACUAAUCUUGUAUUCAGCAACAUGAGGAUAGUUGGGAGCAGCAAGGUUGAGUAGAGCAUCCGGGAUAGGCAUGGGCUACAUCUCAGGAGUGUUCUCAGAGUUCUUGAAGUGGAUAAGCUGAGGGAUUGCUUGCAUCUCUGCUGUUGGCCUUGGUGGAAGGCUGACAUCUUCCUUUAUGAAGUGGUCGAUCAGAAUUGAGAACCAACGUACAUAUGGGACGUACUUGGUCUUUUUGUUGGAUGCCCUUGUGCUCAGUUGUUCUAGGAUCUCGAGCCAGAUGAGCUGUGCCCAGUCAUAGUUCUUUGAAAACAUAACUCCAUGGACCAGCUUCAGAAUGUGAAUGUUGCAUUGGUCGUGGCUGGUUUGUUUGGAUGAGAGGCACUUGUUCAGAAUUGCAAAAAGGGUUUUCCACGGCCUGGGCAGCUUGUUGCUUAUGAAUUGAGAGGAUGAUGUGAGAGGAGGUAGAUGGCCUAUUUUGAUCAUAUAUGAGAAGAUGGUUGAGUUCUCUGGGAAUGGGUCGUAUUCAGCUGAUACUGGUAGGUGGAGGAGGGUACGGAAGGUAUCUUUGGUGAUGGUGAUGGUGGUGUUGGCUAGUGUGGCUUUGAGAGUGGGGAUUGGGUCAGUAGUGGUGUUCAUGGUUCUCCAGAGUUGUCUCAGGUAGAUUUUAGGGGCUUUGACAGACAAUGUAAGUGCUGGCCACAGUAGAUGCCCUUUGAGUAUGAAGAUCAUUACUUUGUCUUGGCAUUUGAGUAUGGUGGGGUCCAACAAAUAAUUGUUGUCCUUAAUCUCAAUCCAGUUCUCCUGUGGGUAAACUUCCUCCUCAUAUAUGAAAGCCAUUAUGCUUGAAUUGCACACAAAAAACACUUGAGAUUAGAGAAAUGGUUUUUGGGCUUUGGUGAUAUGGGGAAAUGGGCUUUAGUUUUGGAUAAAUGGGUUUCAAGGAUUUCAAGUAUUAGGAAUUUCGGGUGGAGGGAUUUCGGAUAUAAUGAUUUCGGUAAAGGGAUUUUGGGUAGAGGGAUUUUAGUAAACGGAUUUCGGUGACCCGGUGUAUUUGAGGAUUUCAGGUCUUAAUAAAAGAAUGAUUUUGGAAGGAAAGAUUUCGGGAGGCCGAGUUAUGAUUUCGGGUGUAUGAUUUCGGGACAGGGAAUCUCGGAUGGAGAACUUGGGUAAAGAUUUCGGGAAGGCGAAUCUCGAAUAUAAUGAUUUCGGAAUGGGGAAUAGUUCGGGACAAGGAUUUCGGUAGGGUCGGUUCCGGAGAUUGGUAUGUUGGUUGAUAUUUCGAAUGGGAUUUCGGCUGAGGGAAUUUGAAGGAAGUUGGAAUGAAAAGCUCUUUUGCUAUGGAGUCUGAGGUUCAGGGGAAGGUAAGAAAACUUUGGGGUGUAGAAGAAUGGUGAAGACAACGGCGAGGGGGGUUUCCGGUGGUUGGGUCCGGUUUCUUCGUCGACGUUUCCAAGGGUGUAGGUGCAAUUUUACACACACACGCACACAUGCAAACAAAAUUUAAACAAAGAAAAGCAUAAACAACCUGGUGAAGAAGAUGAAUGACGGACGAAUAAGAUGAAGUUUGUGAGAGCUCUUUGAGUGCUUUUUAGAAAAAGUGAGAAUAGAGAUAGAGGAAGAUGAAACAAAAUUCCAACCGUUUCUUUCUUAAGUACCCGCGAAAAGAAAAGAGAAAAUCUUUUUGGAUUUUUCUGAUUUAGGAAACUGACUCAAUUUAACUGACUAAAAAUCCUAGACUGGCUCAAUUUUUUUUUGUGAUUUUCUAAAUUUUUUAAAAAAUGCGGAUACUAAAAAGAAAUUAAAAAUUAGUCCCCCUCAAUUAUAGCACUCGGACCAGACAAAUUUUGCUCCCCCUUAAUGUUUGCACACUUUAGGGAAACAGGGUCACAGACAAUGAAACUAACUAAAAAAAUGACACGACACACAAAAAAAUUUAUAACUAAAACUCCCCCUAUACUUGUGCACGGUAUUAAAAUUCCAAAUUCAGCAUUCCCAGUUUAUAGACCAGGAACUGAAAUCUUUUCUCGUCCAGAGCUUUUGUGAAUAAAUCAGUCAAUUGAAGCUGAGUGCACACAAAGUAUAGGUCCACAUGACCUUUUUCAAUAUGAUCUUUGAUGAAGUGGAAUCUCAGGUCAAUGUGCUUAGUGCGAGAAUGAUGAACCGGGUUGCAUGAGAUAGCAAUCGCACUUUUUGAGUCACUGUAAAUCGGAAUGUGGUCAAAAUCUUACUCUAUACAAAACGAAGUGGAAAUGCAACAACUUUUCCCGCCCAAAGUUUCGGGUCAAAAAUGGGUCAAAAGUGGGCAAUUCGCUUCUGUGGUCUGGGGUCCACUUCGGUGUGACAUUUCGUACCAUUAAGGUCAUUCCAAAUGCAGAGGUUGGUUCUCAAGCAUUAAUGAAUUAGGUGGCAUUAAAUGGGGUGGUUGAGAGGGGCGAGAUCUAUUGCACUUUGGGUAAUUCAGUUUCAUUGCAAACCCUAAAAAUUCGAAUUCCCUAUAAAUACCAACAUGGUUCAGUUCAAAACUACAAACCACAAUGGCAUCUAGCAAAGAAAACUCCGAACCACAUGGUAGUCAAUUGUAUUCAAUGAUUAGGGAAGUUAACCACACCAGAACAAACUGGGCUCUAAAAGUAAGGGUGGUGAGAGCAUAUGAGGUUUCACCUCAAUCCAAAGGAGGUGCAAGAAGGGAAUUUGUUUUCCACGAUGAGAACGGUGACCGCAUUCAUGCUGUUGUGAAAAGGCCAUUCAUGCAUUUGUAUGAAAACAAACUGCAGGAAAACAAGUGUUUCAGAAUCAAGAACUUCUUAGUUUUUGAUAACUACUUCAACUACAAAACUACUGAACACCCUUAUGUUUUAGAAUUUUUCAAAAAAACAAUGGUCUAUGAUUUGCACUCAGCAACUUUUCCAAACUUAGUGUUCAAUUUCCAUCAAUUUGACGCGCUGCAGAGUCUAAGAGUCAUCAACGACAAAUUGCUUAUCGAUGUAAUUGGUAAGUACGUCGGGAAGACUCCAGUACAAACACCAAUCGUUAAUGGGAAACCAGAAAAGCUGAUUGAACUAACUUUGGAAGAUCCAGAUGGAAAUCGUAUUGGAUGCACAUUGUGGAACAACUACUGCAAACAGUUCACUGAUUUUUAUGAUGCUCAUAAAAAUGAAGCCAUCUACAUCAUACUACAAAUGGGUAGACCCAGACGCUAUCAAGGUCAUGUCUUGGUGGGAACAUCUUAUGAUGUUUCGAAGUUGUUAAUAAAUGGUUCUAGCCCGAAGUUUGAAGAUUUGAAAUCGCAGUUUGGACCAGAUGACGACAAUACAACAAUGACUACCUUCACUGCAAAUUCAGUUGGUCAGGGUAGUGAGGACGUUUUUAGGGGAAAGGCUACUAUGACAAACAUCAGUGAUUUGCUAAAGGACCCAGAGGAUGGAACCUAUUGGCUACUUGGUGAUAUUGUAUCACUAGACAACUAUAAGGAAUGGUGCUACCUGAGCUGCCCAACAUGCAACAAGAAAAUAAAGCCAGAAGAUGAAAGGUUCAGAUGCAUCACAUGUGACACGACUAUUCCCGAGGGAGUGUUGAGGUACAAAGUUUCAGUUUGUGUCAUGGAUGACUCAGGUCACGCUACGUUCACCUUAUGGGAUAGGGAAUGUAUAGAUAUUGUGGGGAAAACUGCAGCAAUAUUAAGAAUGGAAGUUGAAAAGAAAACGGGUGAUCCUACCCACUUCCCUGAGGACAUUGAGGCUUUGAUUGAUCAAAGAGCAAUCUUCAAAAUUCAAAUAAAAGCAAGAGACGAAAGUUCUUCUUACAAAGGUCCAGUUUCAUAUGGGAUACUUGCAAUGAUAAGAGACAAAUCUAUCUUGGACCUCUAUACCAAAAAUGAAACCCAUGCACUUGAAAUGGAUGAAAACACAGAUGUUGAGAAGAGCGGAUCAACAGGAAACGAGAUAGAAGAUGGUACUGCUAGCAGUAAAUCAAAACAGAAGACUGUUGUAAUUGAAGAUGACGAUUUCGUGUCACCUACACAAGUUGAAAACCAAGAUGACAGGAGGGCGGCUGAAAAGGGUAAGGAAGUGAAUUGCCUAGAAACUCCAACAACUAUUCGGACAGUAGGUGGUAUUGAAGGGAACGAUCAACUUAAGAGAAAUCUGAAUGAUCAGUUUUCGGCGAAUGUUAACAUCAAACGGAGAAGUAUCCGCGUCAAACAAGAGAAGGAAUAAUGUGAAGAUAGACCAGCAGGCUCAGCUACAUUUUACUUGAAAAAGGAGUGUGGAUUGAUGAUUUGUUGAAUAUUUUGUUUGGGCACUUACAUAUUUAUUUAGAACUGUGCCUUACUUUUUUGCUAAACUACGAGCUGGGUCUGUAGUAAUGAACUCUGUUUUGCAUUGUUCAAGUUGUAGGCAUGAACAAUUAUCAACUAUGUUAGACUUAUAUUUCAGAUCAAAACAAAUUUUUCUAUGUUAGAUUUUGCAAUGUCAACUUUUCAGGGUUAAAGGACUCCUACGGAUGCAUCAGCAUAAGGAAGAAGGGCACCUACGAAACGGAAAGGAGACCAGGAGACCAUGAUCUGGAGGAACGAAGACAAAAGAGAGUAGACCAGGGGGGCUUGAUUCAUAUAGAAAU